AUGCCCGGCGAACUCCUCAGGACCGUCACCGCGAGCCUCUCGCGGCCCACCAAGCGGAAGAUGGAGCCCUCGGCGGACCUUUUCCUCAUCACCGACCAGGACGUCGCGUACGAGCAGGACAUCCAGCGCAACGCCGGCAGCGUGAAGCCCUGGCUCGACUACUACAGCUUCAAGAAGUCACGUGGGAGCAUCCUGGAGCAGGCCUUUGUGCUUGAGCGCGCCGUCACGACGCUUCCGCGCUCGUACAAGCUGUGGAAGCUGUACCUCGAGCUGCGCACCAAGCACCUCGCAAAGAAGAACCCGGCCAAGUUCGCGCCCCACUAUGUCAAGGUCAACGCCCUCUUCGAACGCGCCCUCGUCCUGCUCAACAAGAUGCCGCGCAUCUGGGAGAUGUACCUUAACUUCCUCAUGCAGCAGCCCCUCGUUACCACUACCCGCCGCACGUUUGACCGAGCCCUACGCGCCCUGCCUCUGACUCAGCACAACCGCAUAUGGGCCCUCUACCGACCGUUCGCGACGUCUGCGUCAGGCGAGACGGCCGUCAAGAUCUGGCGCCGCUACAUGCAAAUCCACCCCGAAGACGCCGAGGACUUCAUCGAGCUGUUGAAGGACAUGCGCAAGUACACCGAGGCCGUCAAGAAGUACAUGGAAAUUCUCAACAACCCGCGCUUCAAGAGCAAGGAGGCAAAGGGACCCUUCCAGUUCUGGACCGAGAUGAUCGAUCUGAUGAUUGACCACGCCAAGGAAAUCGACACCAGCGACGACAGCGGCAUCGACGUGGAGAAGAUCAUCCAGAGCGGCAUCUCCAAGUUCCCCGAUCAGCGAGGCAUACUCUGGGUCGGUCUGGCGCGGUACUGGAUGCACAGGGGCGAGUACGAGAAAGCCCGCGACGUCUUCGAGGAGGCUGUCACCACAGUCAUGACUGUGCGCGACUUCUCCAUCGUCUUUGACACGUACGUGGAGGCUGAGGAGGCCAUGAUUGGCAUCAAGCUCAAUGAGGCCGCUGUUCGGUCGGAGAAGGGCAAGAUCGACGAGGCUGCUGACGCGGACCUUGACAUCCGGAUGGUCCGCUUCGAAUCCCUCAUGCAAAGACGGCCCUUCCUGCUGAAUGAUGUCAUGCUUCGACAGAACCCGCACAACGUCAUCGAAUGGGAGAAGCGCGUCGCUCUUUGGGGUGACAACAAGAAAGAGGUGGUCCAGACCUACACCGACGCCAUUGCGGCAAUCAACCCCAAGAAGGCACUCGGCAAGUUUCACGAGCUCUGGGCCAACUAUGCCAAACUGUACGAAUCAGGCGGCGACCUCAAGAAUGCCCGUGUCAUCAUGGAGAAGGCUGUCAAGGUGCCCUUCAAGUCAGUCUCCGAGCUGGCUGAGAUGUGGUGCGAAUGGGCCGAGAUGGAGCUUCGCAACGAAAACUUCGACAAGGCCGUGGACAUCAUGGCCAAGGCUACGCAAGCCCCUAAGCGGUCGAAUGUCGACUACUUCGAUGAGUCGCUAUCACCACAACAGCGUGUACACAAGAGCUGGAAGUUGUGGAGCUUCUACGUCGAUCUUGUCGAAAGUGUCAGCACCCUGGAGGAGACAAAGAAGGUGUAUGAAAGAAUAUUCGAGCUUCGCAUCGCAACACCGCAAACCAUCGUCAACUACGCGAACCUGCUGGAAGAGAAUAAGUACUACGAAGACUGCUUCAAGGUCUACGAGCGCGGCCUCGACCUCUUCAGCUACCCCGUCGCUUUCGAGAUCUGGAACUUGUACCUCACCAAGGCCGUGGACCGUAAGAUUGGCAUGGAGCGAUUGCGUGACCUGUUCGAACAGGCUGUGGAGGACUGCCCGCCAAAGUUCGCCAAGGUACUGUACUUGAUGUAUGGUGCGCUUGAAGAAGAUCGCGGUCUAGCUAGACAUGCCAUGCGCAUCUACGAACGCGCCACACGCGCUGUAGCAGACGAGGACAGGCUGGAGAUGUUCAACUUCUACAUCACCAAGUCAGCUUCGAACUUUGGUCUCACCUCCACUCGACCAAUCUACGAGCGCGCAAUUGCCGCCCUACCCGACGGCGAAGCCAAGGAAAUGUGCCUCAAGUUUGCCGAGAUGGAACGUCGCUUGGGAGAAAUCGACCGAGCCCGAGCAAUCUAUGGCCAUGCCAGUCAGUUCUGCGACCCAAGAACAAGCCCCGAAUUCUGGAAGAAGUGGGAGUCAUUCGAAGUCCAGCAUGGCAACGAAGACACGUACAAGGAGAUGCUACGCAUCAAGCGCAGUGUCCAGGCUCAGUACAAUACCGACGUCAACUUCAUCGCCUCCCAGGCUGUCGCUCGUGGUCAACAGAACGGUACACCCGCCGACGAAGACGGCGACGCUACCGAUGCUGCUGGCGAGGAUGCAAUGGCCGCUCUCGAGCGUCAAGCACGCGCACCAGCUGGCUUCGUCGCCGCCAGUACCGGUCCUCAGGGUGGCAACAUCAAGCCUACCGAAGAGGCAGCCGCAAACCCCGAUGCGAUCGAUCUGGACGACGACGACCUAUGA